AUGAACUGGCAACUUUACAUUUCCCUCCUUGCGCUGCUCUCCUUUCGCAGGAAGGCAGACUUCCUGGACAGCAGGCCCUUGAGGAAUUAUGGGAAGGGGGACACCGAUGCCAGGAAGGAAGAUGGGGGGAGCACAGCAGCUGCUCCUCCCCAGAAGAAGCUGUGGUGUCACUGUCAAGACUACUGUCCUGACGAUUCAGAAAACAGCAACUGCAGCACGGAUGGCUACUGUUUUGCAAUGGUGGAAGAGGAAGACGACGACUCUGGAGGACAGACGUUUACCGCAGGCUGCAUAGGUUUGGAAGGUGCUGGCUUCCAGUGUCGAGGCACUCCACGGUUUCAACGAAGGAGAUUAAUUUCAUGCUGCAGAGAUCAGGAUUUCUGCAAUAAAGAUCUUCACCCUACUCUGCCACCACUAGAAGAUCAAGCUUUUUCAGAAGGAAAUGCGUGGCACAAGGCUCUGCUGAUUUCAGUGACUGUCUGUAGCAUCCUCCUGGUGUUCAUCAUCACCUUCUGUUACUUCAGGUCUGCAUGGCAGCACACCUCACCGGGUUUCUCAGUGGCAUUGCAGGAAUGGUAUAAACGGCAACGGCCAGCAGCAUCCUUGAAAGAUCUCAUUGAACAGUCUCAAAGCUCAGGGCUCCCUCUGUUGGUGCAGAGGACCAUAGCAAAGCAGAUUCAGCUGGUGAAGCAGAUUGGCAGAGGUCGCUAUGGAGAGGUUUGGAUGGGAACGUGGCGAGGAGAAAAGGUGGCUGUCAAGGUUUUCUUCUCCACAGAGGAAGCCAGCUGGUUUCGAGAGAGAGAAAUCUAUCAGACUGUCCUGAUAAGGCAUGACAAUAUUCUGGGAUUCAUUGCUGCAGAUAUUAAAGGGACUGGAUCUUGGACAGAGCUUUAUCUUAUCACAGAUUUUCAUGAGAAUGGAUCCCUGUAUGAUUAUCUGAAAUCUACCACGUCAGACACAAAAGCUAUGCUAAAACUGGCAUACUCGUCUAUCAGUGGAUUGUGCCACUUGCAUACGGAGAUCUUCGGCGCCCAAAGCAAACCAGCCAUUGCUCACCGGGACCUCAAAACUAAAAACAUUCUGGUGAAGGAGAACGGGACUUGCUGUGUAGCAGACCUUGGUCUGGCGGUGAAAUUCGUUAGUGGUACAAAUGAAGUGGAUACCUCACCGAACACCAGGGUAGGAACAAAACGUUACAUGCCCCCUGAGGUGCUGGAUGAAACUUUGAAUCAAAAUCACUUUCAGUCGUACAUUAUGGCUGAUAUGUACAGCUUUGGGCUCAUCCUUUGGGAAAUAGCAAGGAGAUGUGUUUCAGGAGGUAUUGUUGAAGAAUACCAGCUUCCCUACCAUGACCUUGUUUCCAGUGACCCUUCGUAUGAAGACAUGAAGAAAAUAGUAUGUAUAGAGAAAUUACGGCCUUCGUUUCCCAGUAGGUGGAGCAGUGAUGGGUGCCUAAGGCAAAUGGGAAAAUUAAUGAGCGAAUGCUGGGCUCACAACCCCACUUCUCGGCUCACAGCCCUGCGAGUAAAGAAAACACUUGCCAGAAUGUCAGAGUUGCAGGAGGAAACAUAA